AUGAACGAGCACUCCAAGGCCCCCAACCACAGCCGCCCCCUACUCUACAUCCCAAAUACACUAUGGACCCGACUCUUCGCCUCGACCGUGAUCACGGAAACAGUACUGACUGUCGCAAUUGAAAGCUGGAUCUUAAUCAGUCUCUGGAACAAUCUCAGCGACGACGGAAAGAGUCAAGGUCCAUUGCGCCUCCAGUCAUUCCUCGGUCUAUUCAUCUUCGCCCUACUCUAUGAACUGGCGCUGUCCUACGAUGCCUUGCGCCGGAAAAACACAAUCCAACUGGUCGGACUAUGCAUCUGCAACUUGGGUCUCUUGACCUAUAGUUUCCUGCAAAUGCAGGAAAUCCAGUCGACCAUCAGCGGGAUGGUCAAGAGCGACAGUCUCAGCGACGACUUGUUGAAGAUAUACCGGAUCGAACUGAUCAUUGUGCCGAUUAUAUUGGGCGUCGGCACCGUGUGCAUGAUAUUCUUUACGUGGAAAUUGCGCGCCGAGUUCUCUUGGUCCAUCUACAAGAAUAUCAGUGCGGAUCUGCAGAUGAAGCGCCGGUAUCUCACGUACCAGGUGUAUAUCUCCCUUUUGAAGUUCGACUUCUUCUUCGUGUUUGGCAGUCAACUCCAAGUCCUUCUCGUGGUGACUGAGGCUGAGAACGCCGAUUUCAUUCUGAAUGCCGCCUUGAUUCCAAUCACCAUCGCGACCUUGAUUUUGUCCGCUCAGUUCUGCAAGCGGGAAAUGAGAAAGUCUCUUCUUUUGAUGAUGUUCUUCAUGCUUAUAAUCAUGGGCUGCUUUGCCCUCACCUUGGUCCGGAUGCACAGCACCCAAGACAGCGUCAAUUUCAAAUCUGUCCGAAUAUCCCUGUCGCUGUUUGCCGGUGUCUCACUGCUUUUAAUGUUGCUCACGCUCAUCAACUCCGUGAUGUGCAUCAUCAAUUUCAACAAAGGGUUAAAGAUCCACGUCAACCCUCCCAAAAAGCGACGGAAAAACUCCAUUGCAUUAGAGCUCCAGGAGAGCGAGACCCCCACACGUUGCCACCGCUGCCAUUCUCAGAAGAUCAAGUGCUCUGGGGAAAAGCCAUGUGCCAAAUGCCGCAGUGCGGGUUACGGGAAUCAGUGUAACUAUGCGACUCGAGAUCGCAAAAUACGGGUUGAUGAAAGUUAUUUGGAGCAGCUAUUGAGAGACAGUGAAGAGUUGCAUAAACAACGGCAUGGCUCAAAACAAGAGCCUCAGGUUCAACAAGAGCCCAUCGCGCAUGACAGGGCUUCUGUGAAUGACGAGCCCAAAAUACAGGGCAAUCUCCUCGGUGAUAAGCCAUGGUUUCAGGUGCAUGAUGCCCCUGUCCUGCCACUCUACAUCAGUGAAGCAACUUGUACAGCGUUCGCUACUCGACUCUGCCAGUGUUUGACAAAAACCAAUACUCCAACGCUUUAUCUACCCAAAACCCGGUACACAGACGAAGCAACUCUAUCAGCGUUACUGCACAGCGACACGCCAUGGCCCAAUCUUGUGUCUGCCCAGCUGAUGGUGAAAACUGCACUUGGUCAUAUCAUCCCAUGUUUUCAUUUGGCGUUGAAGAGGGAUUCCGUGGACAUGCUCCACGGCGUUUAUCAACGAGGGGACUUCGACAAUCCAAGCAUCAAGUGCAAAUACUUUGCUCUUUUCGCCCUCUCCCAGGCCGUCUCGACCCCUCGUGAUGCAUCUAAUCAGUCGCAUGUUCCAGGCUCUGCCUACUUUGCCCGAGCCUUGAGCCUCAUUCAAAUCAUCCCCGAGAGACCAAGCAUGAUCCACAUAGAAAGCCUGCUGCUGAUCGCAUACUUCUGUCAGUUUCUGAACCGUUUCCACUCUGCAUAUGUCUAUGUAGGGAAUGCGUUGCGCCUGGCGCUCGGCUUAGGCCUGAAUUAUAAUGUCCCACAAGAUCAAGAUUUGCACCCCAUCGCAAGCGAGCAUCGGAUUCGCAUCUGGUGGACUAUAUACACCUUGGAGCGCUUCUGGGGCUCGAAAUUAGGGUUCCCAAUGCAAAUUCACGACGAGGAUGUCCACGUGGAUGAACCGUCUCUUGCAGAGUGCAAGGCCUACCCCGAUCAAUUUUCAGAUGGGGCAUAUCAGAUCGCGGGCAUUCAGCUAUCCAGGAUUACCGGCGAUACGACUGGAGAGAUAUAUUGUCGAAAGAUCUCCACUGAGAGUUUCUUACACCGUGAGCAAAAACUAUUGACUCAACUAAAGCAGUGGGUUCAAUCUUUGCCUCCGCAUUUGAGACUCAACCCCGAUGGAGCAAGCCCAAAGCACACGAUUCACAUGCAUCUCCAGUUCAACUUUUGCGUCAUUUUGACAAUUCGACCAGUUCUCCUACACGUUCUCACUUUACAAACGAAGAACUCAAACAACCAGUUUGCGGAACCAAUCUCACCGGUCCUAGCCACCCUAAGCGAGGCAUGCAUACACUCAGCCAGACACUCUCUGGCACUGUGUGUGAAUGAAUGGACUGUCGGAAGCUUGUCGAAAUACGGCUACACCUUCCCCGCGUACCUUUUCUCGGCUGCAUUAGUUUUGAUACUCUCCAGUCUUCUACCACUCGGUGACCCGAGUGAUCUAGCAACGGCUGAAACAGCCAUGGAAAUGCUCAGGAGUCUCAGCUUGUCUGACCAACUGAUAUCAAAGGAUUAUUACGAGCGGAUUCAACGGGUCCAUCAAUGUCUUCACAGCAGUUCCUUCCGCCCUUCAUCUAUCGCUCCUCGGAGUUCAAACGUUGAGGGUUUCAGUGAGCCUUCAGUGGAUCAGGAUACCACCGCGACGCCAUUGCAACCCUGCCGGCCUCCAGGCCAUCCUCGGAAUCCCAUCGCCCCUGCAGAGGAUUUAAGUCAUCUGAUCUUCGAUUCGCAUGUCCCAUACCUCACGACAGAGAUGGCACUGCACCAGCCCACUAUGCUGGACUUCCUGACACAGUCCGACGUGGAUUUUGGCUUACCUGACUCUCACCGAGCCCUACGCCUCAAAGCCCUCCAAACAUCCCCAAACUCAUUCUCAUCAACCUACGAAAUCGAGUCCAAAUUCACAGAAACCACCUGGCAAGACCUCAUCACACUCCCCAACCGAACAAUCUUCAUCUGCACCGCCACCCCACUCAACACCCAAGACCCAGACCCCGAACCCCAAUGGAUCGGCCAAGUAACACUCCGCGGGCCCAUGACUGCCCAAGAAUUCACACUACCACCCGAAUCAGGCCAAGCAGCCCAAAGACCGGACGACGAAGAAGAGCGAUGGCAAAUGCUAAGUCUGUUCACGCUCCCGGAGCACAGGGGCCUCGGUCUGGGCGCGAAGUUAUGCCAGAGUGCUAUGGAGUAUUUGCGAGUGUAUCGGUCUUCGCCGCGGAAUGUUCAGGUGCGGUUGAUUGUUAAGGCGGGAAAUGAUGUUACGAUCAGGUUCUAUGAGAGGCUUGGGUUUGUGAAUGCGGGGAUGGCGACGCUUGUUGAGGCUCUUGUGGCGAAUGGGGAUGAGGGGCUUUUGCCGGGGGAUUUGAGUGAUGCGAAGUGGGAGGUUCGGGGUGGGUUGAUUAUGAAUACUCGGCUUGUGCGUUGA